CUUGACAGCCGCCGCCUGCAGCCUGUUGAAUAAAGUGAGAGCGGCUCUCCGGUGGCGGAUACACACUUAUACACACACUCAUACACUCACUCACACACUCUCUCACACACACUCUGGAUGGAUAAAGCUCGUCUCCGUGCCUCCUGCUCGCUAUGAGCGCGGAGCCGCGGCUCACGGAGGAGUUCAGCCGCCGCUCCGCACCUUCCACCGGCCGCGAGGAGCCGAGAGAGCCGGGACGUUUCCACCCAGCAGCGGAGGAGCGGAGCAGUGAGAGCAGCCAAGGUGCAUGAUGGGAUCUUUCCGGCGACCCAGGCCUCGGUUCAUGAGCUCUCCGGUUCUGUCGGACCUCGCCCGCUUCCACGCCAGCUCGCCCGCCCUGCAGAUCUCCAACGCCAGCGUCUGGAACAGCGUCCAAUCAGCUGUGAUCAAGGUGUUCCAGGGCCGAGGGCUGCAGGCCAACGAGCUGUACACGCUCAACGAGAGCAUCAGGUGGCUCCUCAAGACCGAAAUGGGCUCGUUCAUCACCGACUACCUCCAGAACCAGCUGCUGACCCGAGGCCUGUCCGAGCUCCUGGACCAGAUCCUCCUCCAGCAGGGUGACGAGCAGCUCCUCACCUUGGCAGAGAUAUGGGUCCGAUUCUUCACAGAGACCCUGCCCACGCUGCAGGCCAUCUUCUACCCCGUCCAGGGUCAGGAGCUGACGGUGAGGCAGAUGGCUCUGCUGGCCUUCAGGGACUUGGUGUUGUUGAAGCUCCGCCUGCAGGAAACCCUGGGAACUGCAGCCUCCAUCCCUCCACCGAUCACACAGAUGCUGCUGGUCCUGCAGAGUGUCCAUGAGUCCACUGGUCCCAGUAUAGAGUAUUACCAGUUGGAGCGUCUGGUGGAGGUCGUGGUCUCUCCGUACCUCAGCAACUCAGUGCACAGCAGCAGCCAGCUGCUCCUGGAGCCCCGUCAUCUUCGCUCGUCGGGGGCGUUGCUAGGCGACCACUCCCAGCCGGAGAUCACCAUCACCCAGCAUCACCACUCGUCUGACUCCUCCUCCCUGGCGCCGCUGGUGGAGCAGGAGGGCGAGGCCUACCUGGAGAAGGCGGGCGGCGUGCGGCGCCACACGGUGGCCAACGCCCACUCGGACAUCCAGCUGCUGUCGGCGUCGAGCAGGAUGCACGCCGGGACGGAGGAGGACGACGGGGUGGGAGGGGGCGGGGGAGGCGGGCUGGUGGUGAUGACAGGGGGCGGGGCAAGAAGUCCCAGGCCGUUCUCCAGCCAGCCGGACAUCCUGGAGUCCCCGAGGGCCGGGAACGGAGUCGGAGUCGGCUGCCUGCCUCCGAGCUAACGAGCCGGAGAGACGGAGGACAGAUGUUUGACGGCAGAGAGCCAGAGGAGCGCUGACACGAUGAAAGACAGGACAGCGAGAGGAAACAGGAGGACAGGACGUGGGACAGGACAGAAAAGACAACCAUGGGACAGAAAAGACAAAGGUAGGACAUGAAACAACAGGACUAAAGAACAAAAACAAAAAUGGAAAACUAAAGUGUCUCUGCGAAGCUCCUCCUCCUCCCAGAGCUCUGCUGAGGCGUCCUGACUGGGAGAACUGGGUCACACCGACACACAGACCCAAAGACUGGAGGCCGCUAAGUCGGUGGGACCGUCUCUGCUUUUUAAAGCUCUGAGACGUGAGUAAGUGUGUGUGUCUGACCUGCAGACGGACAGCGGACACACACCUGUCCUCAGGCCGGGGGAACACCUUCUUUUAGUUUUACUAUGGAUGAAUAAAAAUGAUUAAUUAAACUAACGAUA